CUAAGUUUUAACCCCAAAAAUUCACCACUUCUCUCUCUCUCUGACUGUACAUGCCUCACCACCUGCUUCAACUCUAGGGUUUCAUUUUCAUCGUCUUCUCCUUCAUCUUCAUCUUCAUCUAGGGUUUAACACUUCACACAAUCGCUUCAAAUCCAAUCACCCUACCCCUUUCUGGACGAAGCUGGAUAUCCUCCUCUCGUUCCUCCGUCGAAUCUCCAUGCGCCGCUGGUUCAGUGGCUUCGUAGAUUAGGGUUUCCGUUAUCACUCCUUCAAUCGCUUUAUCAAUUCAACGAGAAGCAACCGGUAAGUGUUCGAUUAAGGUGCUAGGGUUUAGGUGAUUGAAAUUGAAUGGCAUUAGGGGACUUGAUGGAGUCUAGGUUUUCGCAGUCGCAAUCUAUGGUGGCGGUGGUGUCGAAUCAUGUGGAUCGGUAUUCGAAUACGAAUUCGCAUCGGUUGGAUGUGAAUCCUGCUGUUGUUGUAGUUCAAGAUGUGGUUUUGGAUGGUAAUAGGGAUAGGGAUGGGGAUGGGGAUAGGGAUAGGGGUUCUUCGUCGGAUUCGGUGGUGGAAAGUCAUGGGAAUACGGAUAGGGAGGAUGCUGAGGCGGUUGCUAGUACUACUGGCUAUGGAAUGGGAAAUGGAAAUGUGGUGGGGAUGGGGAUGCCGGCUACUAGUAUGGCGUAUUUGCCGCAGAAUGUUGUGUUGUCGGAGUUGAGACAUGAUGGGUUUGAGGCUUGUACACCUUCUGGUCCUGCUGAAAGUGGGCUGGUUUCGAAGUGGCGGCCGAAGGACCGGAUGAAAACAGGGUGUGUUGCUCUUGUUCUAUGUUUGAAUAUUAGUGUGGACCCACCUGAUGUUAUAAAGAUUUCACCUUGUGCCAGAAUGGAGUGCUGGAUAGAUCCAUUUUCCAUGGCCCCUCAAAAAGCACUUGACACAAUUGGCAAAACGUUGCAUUUUCAGUAUGAAAGGUGGCAACCAAAGGCCAGAUACAAGUUUCAGUUAGAUCCCACAGUCGAAGAAGUGAAGAAACUUUGUACCUCAUGUCGCAAAUACGCCAAAUCGGAAAGAGUUUUAUUUCAUUACAAUGGGCAUGGUGUGCCUAAGCCAACUGCCAAUGGCGAAAUUUGGUUUUUUAACAGGAGUUAUACACAGUAUAUUCCUUUGCCUAUCAGUGACCUUGAUUCGUGGUUGAAGACUCCAUCAAUUUACGUUUUUGAUUGUUCAGCAGCCGGAAUGAUAGUCAAUGCCUUCAUUGAGCUUCAAGAUUGGAAUCCAUCGAGUACCUCGGGAACCACACCACGUGACUGUAUUCUACUUGCGGCUUGUGAAGCACACGAGACUUUACCGCAAAGUCACGAGUUUCCUGCUGAUGUGUUUACUUCUUGCCUUACAACGCCCAUCAAGAUCGCAUUGAGAUGGUUUUGCACCCGUUCUUUAUUACACGAGUCACUCGAUUAUUCACUUAUAGACAGAAUUCCCGGUCGUCAAACUGACCGUAAAACACUUCUUGGUGAGCUGAACUGGAUUUUCACUGCCGUCACUGACACAAUCGCCUGGAACGUUCUUCCACAUGAUUUAUUUCAGAGAUUAUUCCGGCAAGAUCUGUUGGUUGCCAGUCUGUUUCGGAACUUUUUACUUGCAGAGAGAAUUAUGCGUUCUGCAAACUGCUCACCUGUUUCUUAUCCAAUGUUGCCUCCAACUCACCAGCAUCAUAUGUGGGAUGCAUGGGACAUGGCUGCUGAAAUCUGUCUUUCUCAGCUUCCGACAUUGCUUGAGGACCCCAAUGCAGAAUUUCAGCCAAGCCCUUUUUUCACGGAACAAUUGACAGCAUUUGAGGUGUGGCUUGAUCAUGGGUCUGAACAUAAGAAACCACCAGAACAGUUGCCUAUCGUUCUUCAGGUUUUGCUGAGUCAAUGCCAUAGGUUUCGUGCCCUUGUACUUUUGGGAAGAUUUCUUGAUAUGGGUCCAUGGGCUGUUGAUUUGGCUUUGUCGGUUGGAAUUUUUCCAUACGUCUUGAAGCUGUUGCAGACGACUACACCUGAACUUCGACAAAUUCUUGUGUUCAUCUGGACAAAGAUCCUAGCGCUUGAUAAAUCUUGCCAAGUGGAUCUGGUGAAGGAUGGGGGCCACACAUAUUUCAUCAGGUUUCUAGACAGUGUGGAAGCAUACCCUGAACAACGCGCUAUGGCUGCAUUUGUGUUAACCGUCAUUGUCGACGGUCACAGAAAGGGUCAAGAAGCUUGUAUCGAAGCUGACCUAAUUCACGUCUGUUUAAAACAUCUUCAAGGUGGCUCACCCCCCAACGACACCCAAACCGAACCACUUUUUCUACAGUGGUUAUGUCUUUGUUUGGGUAAGCUAUGGGAAGAUUUCACCGAAGCACAAAUUAUCGGCUUGCAGGCUAAUGCUCCUACCGUAUUUUCACUUCUACUAUCAGAGCCCCAACCUGAGGUUAGGGCUUCUGCUGUAUUUGCGUUGGGCACUCUACUUGACGUUGGAUUCGACUCAUCUAGGGAUGUUGGAGAUGAUGAACGUGAUGAUGAUGAAAAAGCUGUGGCAGAAUUUAGUAUCGUUAAAAGUCUUUUAAACGUUGUUUCAGACGGGAGCCCUUUAGUUAGAGCUGAGCUGGCAGUAGCUCUUGCACGAUUUGCAUUUGGACACAACCGACACCUGAAAUCUAUUGCUGCCGCAUAUUGGAAACCGCAACCUAACUCCGUGCUGAGUUCUUUACCUUCGUUUACCGUAAGGAAUUCAGUUAGCGGUUACAGCACUCCUAAUCAGUAUUCUAAAAUCGGCCCGUUGUCACGGGUCGGUGGUGACAACCAAUCAGCUACAAGAGACGGGCGGGUUUCUGUUUCCUCCAGCAGCCCGCUUGCUACAUCCAGUAUAAUGCACGGGUCACCGCUCUCUGAUGACUCAUCGCACAACUCCGACCCUGGGAUGCUAAACGAUUGCGUUACAAACGGGGUGGUUAAUCAUGCAAAACCUAGACAGUUAGACAACGGGUUGUAUUCACAAUGUGUAUCCGCCAUGUGUACGUUAGCGAAGGACGCGUCUCCACGGAUUUCGGGUUUGGGUCGACGGGUUCUCUCUAUUAUUGGGAUUGAACAAGUGGUGACCAAGUCUGCUAAAACCGCCACCACUACCGGUGUACGAGCGGGAGAAUCCUCGGGUACUGCCAAUAGUCUUGCUGGAUUAGCUCGUUCAUCAUCAUGGUUUGACAUGAAUGGAGGACAUUUACCGUUAACUUUUAGAACACCUCCUGUGAGCCCUCCAAAACCAAGUUACUUAACCGGAAUGCGAAGGGUCUGUUCUCUUGAAUUCAGACCACAUUUAAUGGACUCAGGGCUAGCUGACCCACUUUUGGGCUCACCCGGGGUUUCCGGAUCAUCAUCAGACCGCAGUUUUCUUCCACAAUCAACAAUCUACAACUGGAGCUGCAGUCAUUUUUCGAAACCACUUCUUACAGCAACUGAUGGUGCUGACGAAAUUGCAAUUAAACGUGAAGAAAGGGAAAAUCUUGCUCUAAACCACAUCACAAAAUGCCAACGUGCUUCUGGUAGCAAUCUUCAUAAUCCAAUUGCUCGAUGGGAUACAAAAUUCGAAACUGGUGCUAAAACUGCGUUGCUGCAACCUUUUUCGCCAAUAGUGGUUGCUGCUGAGGAGGGUGAAUGUAUCAGGAUAUGGAAUUACGAGGAAGCAACGUUACUAAAUAGUUUUAACAAUCAUGAAUAUCCGAAUAAAGGGAUAUCAAAACUAUGCUUAGUGAACGAGCUUGAUGAAAGCUUGUUGCUUGUAGCCUCAAGUGACGGAAAUGUGCGAAUAUGGAAAGAUUACAUUUCUAGAGGCAAACAAAAACUCGUAACUGCGUUUUCUUCUAUUCAUGGGCAUAGACCUGGUGCCAGGAGUGUUAGUGCUGUUGUUGAUUGGCAGCAGCAGUCUGGUUAUAUGUAUGCUUCGGGUGAAAUUUCAUCAACCAUGGUAUGGGACCUCGAUAAAGAACAACUUCUAAGUUCUAUUCCUCUAGCAUCAGACUGCAGCAUUUCAGCAUUGGCGGCUUCUCAAGUUCACGGGGGUCAAUUUGCAGCUGGAUUUGUCGAUGGUUCUGUCAGACUGUAUGAUGUCAGAACGCCUGAAGGGCUUGUUUGUGUUACCCGACCACACACUUUGGGGGUAGACAGAAGCGGUGGUGUAGGACGAGUUGUCGGAAUCGGCUUUCAACCGGGACUUGAUCCCGCAAAGAUUGUGAGUGCAUCUCAAGCAGGAGACAUCCAGUUUCUCGAUAUCAGAAACCAAAGCGACGCCUACUUAACCAUCGACGCACACCGUGGCUCAUUAACCGCAUUAGCCAUUCAUCGGCACGCACCACUUAUAGCCAGCGGCUCAGCCAAACAACUCAUCAAAGUCUUCAAUCUUGAAGGUGAACAACUGGGCACCAUUCGCUACUCACCAACAUUUAUGGCCCAAAAAAUAGGGCCCGUUAGUUGUCUAGCGUUCCACCCGUACCAAAUAUUACUAGCGGCCGGUUCCGCUGAUGCCUGUGUUUCCAUCUAUGCUGAUGAAAUCUCACCACCAAGAUAAACAAACUCGCCUCUACAUUCUGGCCCGAAAUCCAGGCCCGUUUUCAUGGGGAGUUGUUGAAAGAUAAAAUACAUUCGUUUAAGCCUCGCCUGGCUGUUCGUGAGCCGGAAAAACUAAAGUAUGAUUGGUGGAGGCUUUCAGCAAAUAAUUUGAUGAUACAUAGGUAUAAAACUUUGUAAAUAUUUAAUUUUUAUUGGUUUAGUGUGUUUUUAUGCUUUUUUUAAAGUCUUGCAUUCUCAAAUUUGUAAAUCUUUGCAAUUAUAUAUAAUUGAAAUUCCUUGUGAAGUUGUGAUCAA